AUGGCAAGUAUUAUUCAACCAACGAAUGACUGGGUAAAAAAAUUGUCAGAAGUUAAAAUUGAUAAAUCAGAUUUAAAUAAACUUAUUAUGAAUUACUUUGUGAUUGAAGGAUAUAAAGAUGCAGCUGAAACAUUUAGUCAAGAAUGUGGCAUAUCACCAAGCAUUGAUGUAGAUUCGAUAAAUGAUAGAAUGAAUAUAAAAAAUGCCAUUCAAAAUGGUAAUGUUGAAGAAGCAAUUGAACGUGUAAAUGAUUUAAAUCCAGAGGCAAGUAUAUUAGAUACAAAUCCAAAAUUAUAUUUCCAUCUUCAACAACAAAGAUUAAUAGAAUAUAUUAGACAAGGAAGAGUAUCUGAAGCUUUAGAAUUCGCACAAGAUGAGUUAGCACCUCUAGGAGAAGAGAAUCCUGAGUUUCUUGAAGAACUCGAGAGAUCAAUGGCAUUGUUAGCGUUUGAUGACACAACCACAUCCCCUGUAGGAGAUUUACUUCACCCAUCACAACGUCUACGUACAGCUAGUGAACUAAAUGCCGCAAUUUUAACUUCACAAAGUCAAGAAAAAGAUCCAAAAUUACCAAAUUUAUUAAAAAUGUUGGUUUGGGCUCAAGAUGAAUUAGAUGAGAAAAAAAAUUUAAAAAAUUUAGAAGAGUUAAAGUCUAAGCUAGCACAAAUUGUAGACUCUGAAGAUGCAGUUUUGACCUCAUUGAUCCUAGAUUUUUUUCAUAUGAAUUUUCGAUGUGAAAUUAAUCAUUUGUCAAUGCCUUUACGCGAAAGAGACUACACCUCAAUAAUAAUACUUUCUUUGAUGACCGAUUUACUUGAGGAAUUUGGCAACAUGUUUGAAGUCUUUGGGUUAUUAUUUUUGAGUCAUUUGUAG